UGUGUUCUGGGACCAAAGUUGCUACUAUAGCAUUUAAAAAUAAUUCAGCUAUAAAAUGUAAUAAAAAAAACUGUUUGUUGUUGACUAAAAAAAGGUGAUGUUGUUAGUUAGGAAUAAUAAAACAUGUAUAAUCGUAUAAAAUCACAAAGAGAAUUGACUGGAAAUUGUGACUUUAAAAAAAUUGAAUUGUCAGGGUUCAAAUUAGGAAAGUAAAAUCGGUUCGCAAAAAUUUUGGCACUCUGUAACGAAGUAAACCACUAUCUAGAUGUGGCCUGGAAAAACCGUAGAUCAAUUACUUUUGGCUUGUUCAUUAGUAGCUACUUGUUUUUCGACAAGAAUUUGUAUUUUUGUGACCUGCAAGCUUUAUUUUUUCCUGCGUUAUUUUUUUGUUGGUAACAAGUGGGGACGUUUAAACUUGUGAACCCUAAACACUAGAACUGAGCGUCUGAACUAGCGACUCUCUCAGUUUAAACUUUUUUGUCUCCAAUAGCCAAAAUAAUGUUUCAAAAAUGAAAUAAGUUUAUUUUUAUAGCAUGCUGUAAGAAAAUAUUCGAAAUGUAAUUAUUGUUUCAGAGGUUCUUACCAGUUUUUGUAAACAUUACAACACAAGUUAAAUACAGUAUACUGAUUGAAGUUGUUUUCACAAAAAUAUGUUUGUUUCAAACAUGAGUCUUUUAGUAAAAUGCUGUUUACAAUGUAAAAUGCUAUUUACAAUACUGUCCAGAUGUAAGCGUGGGCAUACCCUCAACUUGCAAAAAUAAUUGCUUUCAUUCAAAAAUACAAUAGGAUAGCGAGCUCCUUUCAAAUCAUCGUUGCUUUGUGUUACAUUUUUAAACCGCACACCAAAAAAGGAUUUCUAUCACCAAUUUUCGUUCUUAAACUUUUAAAAUGCGAUCUAACGAAGCUUUUCUAUUGCCAUUCUUCGUUCUUAAAUUUUUAAAACACGAUCUGAAAAAGCAUUUCCAUCACCCCUUUAAAAUAUUCGAUUCGCAAUUUUAUCAUUUUCUUUGCAAAGUGAUUUGCAAAAAUGGCAAUUUGAUUUGCAAAUUGCGAAUUGCGAACUGCUAAUUUGAACCCUGAUUAUUGUAUUGUAUGUUUUUUUAAUCCUUUACAUAAAUUUAAUGUUGUGUCGCCUUACUUGAUUUACAACAUACUACAUGCCUGUACUAUAGCGCUCUACCUGAAUGCAUGGCACAUUCAGUCAAGUGACAUAGUUACUUGUAGCUUAACCCGGCGUUUUUACAUCGAGUCACCCAGCUAGUAAUUGAGGUUAUUUGAUUUAUUUUUAUUUGAUCUUGUUAAUGUGAAUCUUAAGAUGUUUCAGUUGACAUAUGAUAAUAACAAGUAUGUAAAUAUAACUAUAAAAAUUAUUAUGGUUGUAGAAGUAUACGAAGACAAAAUUUAUUUAACAUGGUGCAAGAAUUCAAUGUGGUACGCUGUUUUUCCUGUGAAACAUUCCAGGUUGAUCAGGUAAAAAAGAGCUCACAGAAAUGGACCUGCAAAAUUUGUCAGGAAAAGCAAUCAUUAAAACAAAUUUAUUUUCAAGGCAAUGGCAAGGAAUGUCGGUUGAAUUGUCAGCAGCUAAAUAUGAGUAGGAAAGAUCACAAAAUGAUUGAUAAACAACACUGUUUAGAUAUGAUUGAAAAAGAGAGAAGUAACAUUGAUGCUAACAUUGAAUCACAUGAAGAAAUAUCUUCCUCAACAGUGUUAAUGGAAAGGAGAGAGAAGAACUCUACAAAGUGGUCAGCUUUCGUCGAUGUGAAUACGCCGAAGUCGCCAGAUAAAAGCCUAUCAAGUCGGAAGGAAUCAGUAGAAAUACGCUUCCGUGGUGAGUUUCAACCAAGUAGAAACAGAAAACGUACAUUUCGUAAACGCUGUAGCGAUGAAGACGAAAGAGUUGCGUGUGAAUGGGACACGGAUUUUCGAAGAAGUGAUAGCUCUAGACUUUAUGCCCAGACUGAUAGUCCUAAAUUGUGCAAAAAUAAACAAACUCUGCACAACCAGAUGAACAUGAGGUCACAAAUUGUGGACAAUAAAAAAACUCAUUUCGUGCCGGAUACCAACAUGGUUAAAACUUCACAGCAAUUUAAAAAUAGAGUGAGUCCAAGUUAUGGACAUAAGACAAACGGCAGUAAGAAAUACGACAAUGAAGACGAUAGGCCAGUUCAAAAGAUGGUUGCAAAAGAUGCUUCGAAAUGGUCAAUGUUUAUACAAAAUGAGGAAGAGGAGGCUUCUGCUGAUGAGAACACAGAAAUAUGUGUAGGGUUCUCUUAAAUCAAAAAGUUAACCCGGGAGGUGUUACAAUCAGUCGCCAGAAAAAUUCACUUCAGAUCAGUCUUAUACGCUUUCCCAAUCCGUCAUUUAAGCAUUUAUUUUACGUUUUGCCUUACCUCCAGAGAUGCCUGCGCAUGCGCAGUACAACCAUCUUAUGUUAAAUUUACGACCGGAGCUAUAAAUCAUUUAGACGUUUUAAUUCAUCGAUGUGUGUGUAUCAUAUAUAAAAUGUCAUCAUUAAAUUUUUGUUGCGUUACUGUUUUUAGAAUUCUGUAUUCUGUACUGUAUAUGGUUUAGUUUUAAGUUAAAUAUAUUUUGAGGUCAGAACGACCUUCUCAUAGCA